AUGAAGAAACCAUUCUCGUGGCUAUCAAAACCAGGCGCUUCAAAAGCUACGCACGAAGACUACGUGGUUCCGGGUAGCAGUGGCUCAAUCCCAGCGCACCUGGCCGACCGGCUGCGCAGAGGCGGCGUGAACGUUGAUGUCAAAAAGAUCGAUCCCCAAGAAAAAGCCCGGAUCCGUGCUCUCCUAUCCCAAAAGAUGGACAGCGGCAUGACGGGCGUUGAGCUGGGGAGAUUCAUCGUCCCCCAUCUUCAGGGCAAGGACCAAGGACUCAGUAACAUCAUCACCCAAAUGGCACUUCACCAGUUCACUUAUGCCGAAAUCGCCAUAGCCACUCUGGAGCUUGUUGGCCUGCUGACGCACGGGGAAGACUUUGCCGCAGUUCCUCGCCAGCCGAUCAUGGGCGGAGACCGUCGUUUCUACUCCAAUUCAAACACACAGGCAAUAACCACCGUGUCUCCGGUACAACUUCCCAGCGGACAAGCGCGCACGCAAGGAAUUCAAGCCAGGGCACCGUAUCUUCGAGUUUUCAGUACCAUCCACCUUCCUGGCCACGGCGGCAUCCGUCAACGACACCUACAAUUCGUCAAGUGCCCUCUGGGACGUCCACUGGUGAGGACCCUCCGCUUCUUCGCCCUGCCACCAUUGAACGGGUUGAGCGAGGUCACCCAAGUUAAGAGGCCAGGUGUGACGCCAGCUGAGAGCCAGAAUUUCACGGAAAAGUGA